UGGCUAGGCUGCCUUUGCUUCUCAGGAUGGCAGUUCCUGGAUUUAUCCUUGGUGUCUUCAUACAUCUGUUGCACAUUAGUUCUGUGGCUAAUUAUCCGAAUGGAAAAGUAGCAAAGUCAUGCCAUGGAAUGAUCCCGGAACAUGGUCAUAGUCCACAGUCUCAUCCUAUUCACCACAUUUCAGUGAACCAGACAACAUUCCAACCAGGAGAUCAGCUCAAAGUGACUUUGUCAGGGCCACCAUUUAAAGGCUUUCUCUUAGAAGCUCGUGAUGCUGAGGAUUUGAGUGGCCCACUCAUUGGCUCCUUCACGUUGAUUGACAGUGAAUUGUCACAGAUUCUCACCUGUGAAGACAUACAGGGGUCAGCUGUGAGUCAUAGAAAUCCAUCCAAAAAAAAUGAUAUCGAAGUCUACUGGCAUGCUCCAAGCAGUGCGCCAAAUCAUAUACAGUUUCUAGCCACAGUUGUUGAGAAGUAUAAAAUCUACUGGGUGAAGAUUCCUGGUUCUAUAAUUUCACAGCCAAACGCACUUCCCUUUACAACACCCAAAGCUACAACAGCACGUUUGUCAACGUUACCCCCAGACUCCCAUUUAACCAAACCAUUCAGCGCUUCAGCCUGCGGGAACACGAAGUUCUGUAUCAGGAGUCCUUUGAACUGUGACCCAGAGAAGGAACGUGCCUGUGUCUUCUUGUCCUUUAUGCGAGAUGACCGAUCAGUGAUGGUUGAAAUGAGUGGUCCCAGUAAAGGCUAUUUAUCCUUUGCACUUUCUCAUGACCGAUGGAUGGGUGAUGAUGAUGCAUAUCUCUGUAUUCGUGAUGAUCAGACGGUGCACAUACAGGCUUCCCAUUUGACUGGACGAAGUCACCCUGUGAUGGACUCUGAGGGUUCUCUUGAGGAUAUGGCUUGGAGGUUGGCAGAUGGUGUUAUACAGUGUUCUUUCAGAAGAAACAUUAGCCUUCCUGGUUUUAAGAAUAGAUUUGAUCUAAACACAAGCUACUACAUAUUUAUAGCAGAUGGUGCAGCUGAUGAUGGUCGAAUUUAUAAACAUGCCCAGCAACCACUGAUUACAUAUGAAAAACACAAUGUGAUGGACUUUCCAAAGAACAUAGGAGGCUCCCAUUCUUUGUUCCUUCUGAAGGUUCAUGCUGCCUUAAUGUUUGUGGCAUGGAUGACUACCGUUAGCAUAGGUGUACUGAUUGCCCGGUUCUUCAAACCUGUUUGGUCAAAAGCUUUCUUCUUUGGUGAAGCAGCUUGGUUUCAGGUGCAUCGAAUGCUCAUGAUCACUACAUCUGUCCUCACCUGUGUUGCUUUUGUUCUGCCUUUUAUGUACAGAGGAGGCUGGAGUCGGCAUGCAGGUUAUCACCCAUACCUUGGUUGUGUGGUGAUGGCUUUAGCAGUUCUUCAGCCUCUUCUGGCAGCCUUUAGGCCACCUAUACACGACCCAAGAAGGCAAAUGUUUAACUGGACUCAUUGGAGUAUGGGAACAGCUGCUAGAAUAAUAGCAGUGGCAGCAAUGUUCCUUGGAAUGGAUUUACCGGGGUUGAACCUUCCUGAACUGUGGAAAACCUAUGCAAUGAUUGGAUUUGUAGCCUGGCAUGUUGGAACUGAGAUUGUUCUGGAGAUACAUGCUUACCGACUCACUCGGAAAGUUGAAAUAUUGGAUGAUACUAGAAUUCAGAUCCUUCAGUCAUUUACUGCAGCUGAAGCAGAAGGUCAUACAUUUAAAAAGGCCGUGUUAGCACUUUAUGUCUGGGGAAAUGUGACUUUUCUCAUCAUGUUCUUAUCUGCAAUCAGCCAGCUAUGAGCAGGCCAAGAACUUGGAUUUUGCAGACCAGGUGAUAAUUAUCAUCAUGCUAAAGAAACUUGAAGCUUGCACCGACUGCCUUGAGCAUAUUCUUGAAUUCUCACUUGGAAGAUGAGGGUCAUGUUUAUGGAAGAAUUGUGAAGUCUGGCCUGUAGAGAUCAGCAUUCAACAGGUUUCUCUGGAUUAUAAAUGGAUGUCAAGGCUUUCUGUGUAAUUCUGGGUCUUAAAGGGAAGGCUGUGCUUGAGGAGAAGUUAGUCUCAAAUAUUUUCUAUGCCAAGUGUUUUAAGAAUAUUAGCAUUUAAGAAAAUAAACAAGAACUAUUUAGAAAACAGAACAAGUAAAUAUGUCAUCAGGAUGCAAAGGAGAUUGUAUUAAGGUAAAUACAUUUUAGACUACAAAGGUGCUGUGGUACUUUAAAGAAACACUUAAACACUUUUUUUUACUAGUUUAUCUAAACGGCCUUUCUUAGGACUUUAUGAGAAACCAUAUUUUUCAGUCCAGUUUUUUAGACACGUCAUUUGCUCUGUGUAUAUUGUUACUUCUUUGGUGGAGGUGGAGCAGACACCAUUGUGGAUUUCAUUAACAUUUUAAAUAUAUUAUAAAUAUUAUAAUUUACUUCUUAGGAAUGAAAUGCAAGUAUUCAUCUUCUGCUUAGAGACUCUUUUUAUAUAUAUUCACAGACCUGAAAUGACAUUUCAUUUAUUAAUUGCCUUGAUUAUAAGAUUUAAACCCUAUAGCAUACAGAGGUUGUAGACUUGCAUUUCAAAAUUAGUAAAACCCACCCUUGUAAACAUAUCUAACAGUUACUCUUUUUUCUUACAGAAAUAAAGUGGGUGGUUCUGCUUUGUUAGCAGUUCCUGAUGUUCUAAUGAAUCAGAGUGAUCAGUGUUAUUUUCCUUUCUAUUCCAGUAACUUAUUUUAUGGCCAGGUCUCAUAUUUGCUCUGAUGAUUUCUAGCCAGUGGGUGGCGCUAUGAUACCAAAGUAACAACUGCUUUGUUCCUGUUUCCUUGUGAUUUAUUUUUAGUACUUAGAUAACUUCAUGGCAUUUCUCUUAAAUUCCCUUAACUUCCACCAAUUCUUCUUUGUCUCCAUUUGAAAAAUUUCUACAUGAUUUUCUUUUUGGGUCAGAGUUUACAGGGUAGAAACUGAAAUUAGGGACCAGAGUUGUUCUUUUCUGGUUUCAUUUUUAUUGUUUGUUUGUGUUUUCUAACUGUAAUUAUUUAUAACAAUUGUUUAAUAUUUUCAUUUACAUUCCUGUGACCUUGUAACAAAUGAAUAUCACUAUACUAGGUAAAGGAAACAGCAAAGUCGGACAUUCUUAAAAUAAAAAAAUUUGGGGAGUCAUACUUGACUAUUCCUUAAUUGUUCUUUCCAAUUAUGUUAUAGUUUCUGUUUGGGCAAGGACCUAAAUUCUGUCUGGUAUAAAUAAUAGUCUCAGCUAUGUAUCCUACAUAUUUUACUGCAUAAAAUGAUAUGCAAUUUUUGUUUUUGUUCCUUCUGUAGGUGUUUAUCAUAAGAAGCUUAGGAUUUAGAUGUGACCUUUCUGUGUUCAUAAGUGCCAGUGUUUUUCUACUCAACUGUCUAAAUUUUCCUUUUGUCUUUAUUUAAAAAACACUUAGUAUAGCAAAUUAAAUGUACACUAAAACAUUUUCUUCUAGUUUUUCAUAAAAAGGGACUUAAAAGUUAAUAAAUUUCUCUUAAUAAAUUAUGUUCUGUGUCUGACAAGGAAAAAUUCUUUUAAGGGAAAGAUGAUCCUUGAUGUGUUUGGUUUUCAAAAUAUGUGAACUUCCUGGAUUUCCAGUGCUAAGCCUAAGAUAUUUUAACUU